AUGUCUAUAUUAAGUGACUCUGGCUUUGAGGAAGACCUUCACACUUCUCCAGUGCAGCAGCUUGCAGCGGGUUCAACAUCAGCCUGGCACGAGUGCGAUUAUGAGGAGAGCUGCUUCAUCAUCCAGAGACACAAUGAGCUGCAGUUUCUCGCGCACAACUGCCUCGCGCGGCAACCUCAGAUUACUGCAGAGGCUCGCAGCAAACUGGUCAGCUGGCUCAUAGCGGUGCACAGACAGCUCAAACUGUCUUUUGAAUCAUGCUGCUUGGCUGUUAAUAUCAUGGACCGUUUCUUGAUCACAACCUCGGUCGCGGCAGACUGCUUCCAGUUACUGGGGGUGACAUCUUUACUGAUCGCCACAAAACAGGUUGAAGUAUAUUCGCCUCGCAUCACACAACUUCUGUCGCUUUGCUGCAAUUCUUUUUCCAGAGAACAGCUGUGCAAUCUCGAAUGCCUGGUCCUUCUCAGACUCAAUUUUAGACUGGCUGCACCUACCCUUGCUUUCUUUCUGGACUAUUUCACCAGUCGCCUUACUGGAUUGCAGAGCGGUAGAGCCAUCGAUACGACGGUCAGUACUCAGGAUACAAACACGUGGAAGGAGCACAGAGCUGCUGAGAUGAAGUGGAAAUGGCUGGCUUGCAAAGUCUGUGAACUGAGUCUGGCUGACUACACAUUCAACAAGUAUAUGCCUUCUGUGAUUGUGCAGUGUGCCGUGAAACUGGCAAAAGAUCUGCUGGAGACACAUUCAGUGCAGUCCGCAGACAACGACGCUGGCUCAGUGAAGACAUCGGAGUCAUUCAGUUUUGAAGAGUAUCCACCGUUGACCUGUGAAAAUCAGCUGUUGUUUCAGCAAUGCACAGACGAUCUGAAAUUGUUGGUUUCUCUUAAUCGAGAUGCAGUCCAGGACUUCAUAUGACUAUAAACCAUUAUUUCUGUCCAGGGUGGACUUGUAAUACUCAUGCAGUCAAGCAGUAUUCGUCCCAAAAAUUAUUUAUACAAAAGUAAGGUUUUAUUUUAAGUGUUUACGUAGAGUCAAAAGUUUUACUUUUUUUUUUCUAAGAACUCAAAUUAAAUUGCAAUUCAUAAAAA